UUUUGGACCGCAGAUCAAACAACAACCAUGGUCACAGAUAGAUCACACUCCCUUCUUCUCCUUGUAGCUGUGUUGCUUUCAUUAGUUUCUUCUGGUGCCAAAGUAUCAGCUUUAGAAGCAGAAGCACUCCUCCAGUGGAAGGCCAGCCUCCAAACUCAAUCUCUCCAUUCAUGGUCUCUCACCAACGCUAGCAACAGAAGCCCAUGCACAUGGACUGGAAUAGCAUGCAACGACGCGGGAAGCGUAAUGGAAAUAAACCUACCGAAGGUCGGGUUGCACGGUACGCUCGAUAACCUUAGCUUCUCUUCCUUUCCAAAUCUCACCCGUCUAGAUCUCGGCAGCAACUCACUCUCCGGCACCAUCCCUUCCACUAUAGGUGAUUCAGUCAAGCUUACCUACUUGAUCCUCUCUGAUAACCAAAUUUCUGGUUCCAUCCCACAUGAAAUAGGAAACCUAAAAUCUCUUACUGAGCUGAGUUUAUUCACAAACAAUCUGGUCGGUCAAAUACCUCUAUCUUUAAGCAAUUUGAGCAAUCUUCAAUACAUCUUUCUUGGUAAAAAUCAGAUUUCAGGUUCAAUCCCGCCGGAAAUAGGAAAUUUGGUUAAUCUGAUCCAGCUAGGCAUACCCAAUAACCAUCUAACUGGUUCAAUCCCUUCUUCUCUAGGAAACCUAACCAAGCUCACCUACUUGUAUCUCCAUGUGAAUCAAAUUUCUGGCCCCAUCCCUCAAGAAAUAGGAAAUUUGAAAAACUUGGUCGGGCUAUUACUAUCAAGCAACCUUCUAUCAGGUUCGAUUCCAUCCAAUUUUGGAAACUUGACUCAGCUUUCCAAUUUCUCCCUUGGCCGUUGCCAAUUAUCCGGUUCGAUACCUCAAGAAAUGAUGAAUCUAACAAACAUGGCUAGAGUUGAUUUGAGCGACAACAAUUUCGACGGCUCUCUACCGCAACAGAUUUGCAGCGGCAGAUCACUUGUAUACUUUAUCGUAUACAACAACCGCUUCGCCGGUCCCCUACCAGAAAGCUUGAGAAACUGCACCACCUUAACCAGAAUGCGGCUGGAAAGAAACCAGCUCACAGGGAACAUAUCUGAAAUCUUUGGAGAAUAUCCAAAUCUUGAAUACAUUGAUCUGAGCUACAACCAAUUCCAUGGUGAGCUCUUGCCGAAUUGGGGGAGAUGGAAGCAAUUGACAUUGCUAAGAAUCUCUUCCAACAAGCUAACUGGAAAGAUACCAGUCGAGCUUGCGCUAUUGACUCAACUGGGAGUGCUGGAUCUUUUUUCAAACCAUCUUGUAGGAGAGAUUCCAAAGGAGUUGGGUAGCUUAUCUUCACUGUUCGACUUAAGUUUAAAUGAGAACCAGCUUGCAGGUGAGAUACCAUCAGAACUUGGGAAGUUAUCCAAUUUAGAGAUUCUUGAUCUAUCAACAAACAGCUUAAUUGGGCAAAUCCCAGAACAGCUAGGAGACUGCUCCAAACUGCGGUACUUGAAUUUGAGUGUAAAUUAUUUGAAUGGAAGCAUUCCUUCCCAUAUGGGUGAUUUAAAAUCACUGCAGGACUUGCUAGAUCUUAGUCAUAAUUCACUUAGCGGAGGGAUACCACCUUCGCUUGGAAAUUUGCUCAUGUUGGAAAUUCUGAAUCUCUCCCACAAUUAUCUCUCAGGCUACCUUCCAUCUGGACUUGGAAAUAUGCCUAGUUUAAUAACCGUUGAUAUAUCAUACAAUGAUUUGGAAGGCCCACUUCCAAAUGGCAAAGCCUUCAAGCAAGCUUCACCUGAGGCAAUCCGCAACAACACAGGCUUAUGUGGUGAAGUACAAGGUUUGCCUCUCUGCAAUUUAGCUAAGGAACAUUCAGGCAAGGGCCACAAAGUCGUGAUCUUCAUCGUCGUUCCUGUGAUAGGGCUGCUGUUUAUUUUAUUGGUUCUGUUUGGGUUUUGUUUCUUUUUUAAUCGCACAGCAAAAAAUGAAGAAACAAAGAAUGAGAUAAGAAAAGGAUAUGUAUUUUCAGUAUGGGAUUACAAUGGAAGCAUCUUGUUUGAUGAAAUUAUCAAGGCAACAGAGAAUUUCAACGAGAAAUAUUGCAUUGGUAAGGGAGGAUAUGGGACAGUUUACAAAGCAGAGCUGCCUACGAUUCAAGUGGUAGUCAUCAAGAAACUCCGCUCAUUAGAUGAUGGUGAAUCCGCCCAUGAAGAAGCUUUCAAGAAUGAGAUACAAGCUCUUACUGAAAUUCGGCACCGAAACAUUGUGAAGCUUUACGGUUUUUGUUCCAAUCGUCAUUGCAAGUUUUUGAUUUAUGAAUAUAUGGAGAGAGGAAGCUUAGCUAGUGCCCUAAUUAGCAUCAAGGAAGCUAUCCAAUUGGAUUGGAUUAAGCGGGUAAAUGUUAUCAAAGGUGUGGCCCAUGCUUUAUCUUACAUGCACCAUGAUUGCGUUCUUCCAAUAGUUCAUCGAGAUAUAUCAUCCAAGAACAUUCUUCUGGAUUCUGAGUUCGAAGCUUGCAUCUCUGACUUUGGUAUUGCCAAACUUCUAAAGCCAGAUUCAUCUAAUUGGACUACACUUGCAGGCACUCACGGAUGCAUUGCUCCAGGCAAGUAACUAAUGCUUUAUACUCGUUUCUCCCUGCCAGAUCCAAUUGUUAAGCUUAACAUACAAAAUGCAUCUGUGUGUAAAUUCAUCUAAGUAUAUAUUUAAGUGCAGCCUAAGUACAUAUAUGGUUUUCUAACAGCCAGGGCAGUGUUUUCUGCUCUGAAACGGUUGUUGCAUGGAAUAAAAGGCCAAGUGUUUUUAACAAAAUAUAAGAAUUCAUUAGAAUGGAUCAUAUAAUGCUAACCCAAAUCAGUUGGUAUAAGGCUCAGAUGAUCGUUGUGGUGGUUGGUACCAUGGUUUAAGAACUCAAAUGAACUCGAUUUGACUUGCCUGAGUCAAUUCAA